GCCGCCCUCAGCUCCAGCUGCACAGCCCCAAUGGCUCCCGACCCCAGCGGCCGCUGCAUCCUGCUGCUGCUCUUGGGCUGCGUGGUGGCUGCCCAGGCCGACCUGCUGGACCUGAGCUGGCUAUGGCCCAGUAAGGACACCAGCCACACAGCUGCCACAGUCCCCAAGCCCACAGCAGGCCCCACCACGCAUGUGGCCCCGCAGAAUGGUUCCACGGAGCCAGAGACAGUCCCUGGCAACCCUAAGCCAUCCUCAGAGCUGCUGGAGGGUGGCCAGGACACCCCGACUUCUGCUGAGAGCCCCGACACACCGGAGGAGGACAUUGCCGGCGUUGGAGCCGAGAUCCUGAGUGUGGCCGAAGGCAUCCGGAGCUUUGUCCAGCUGUGGAAUGACACUACUCCCACUGAGAGCGUGGCCAGGGCGGAAGCGCUGGCCCUUGAGACUCCCGUGGACCCCCUCGCCCUCCCUGGGCCCUCUGAUGCCCCCUGGGAGAAUGGGACCGCUCUCUGGCCUGGUCGUGGUACUCUGAGCUCUCCAGGCCCCCACACGACCAAGGCUAGCACCCUGCCUGCACCCACCCUCUCGCCUCCCUCCCUGGGCAGGCCCCUGGCACUACUCACGGGGCCCCCAGGGCAGCUGCCGUCCUCAGAGAGCGUUGGCGAGGAGGUGGGGCUGCUGCAGCUCCUCGGGGACCCCCUGCCCCAGCAAGUCACCCAAACAGAAGACCCUGAUGUCGGGCUGGCCUACGUCUUCGGGCCAGAUGCCAACAGCGGCCAGGUGGCCCGGUACCACUUCCCCAGCCUCUUCUUCCACGACUUCUCACUGCUGUUCCACAUUCGGCCAGCCACGGAGGGCCCAGGGGUGCUGUUUGCCAUCACGGACUCAGCACAGGCAGUGGUCUUGCUGGGCGUGAAGCUCUCUGGGGUGCGAGACGGCCAUCAGGACAUCUCCCUGCUCUACACGGAGCCGGGCGCAAGCCAGACCCACACAGCCGCCAGCUUCCGCCUCCCCACCUUCGUUGGCCAGUGGACGCAGUUAGCACUCAGCGUGGCUGGUGGCUCUGUGACCCUCUACGUGGACUGUGAGGAGUUCCAGAGAAUGCCGCUCACUCGGUCCUCACGGGGCCUGGAGCUGGAGCGCGGCGCCGGGCUCUUUGUGGCUCAGGCAGGAGGAGCGGACCCUGACAAGUUCCAGGGGAUGAUUGCCGAGCUGAAGGUGCAUGGGGACCCCCAGGUACACUGCCUGGAUGAGGAGGACGAUGACUCGGAUGGGGCAUCUGGAGACUUCGGCAGCGGGCUUGGGGACGCCCGGCAGCCUCUCAGGGUGGAGACGGGCACAGCCCUGAAACCCAGGCUCCCCACACCACCCCCGGUCACCGCUCCACCCCUGGCUGGAGGCAGCAACAUGGAAGAUUCCAGAACUGAAGAAAACGAGGAAGAGACCACGGUGCCUUCAUUAGAAGCUCAGACGCUUCCUGGCUCAGAUUCUGUCUCCACGUGGGAUGGGAGUGUGCGGACCCCAGGCGGCCGCGUGAAGGAGGGCGGCCUGAAGGGGCAGAAGGGGGAGCCAGGUGUUCCGGGCCUGCCUGGCCGGGCAGGCCCCCCAGGCUCCCCAUGCAUCCCCGGUCCUCCCGGUCCCCCAUGCCCGGUCAGUCCCCAGGGGCCUGCAGGCCCAGCAUUGCAAACUGUCCCCGGACCACAAGGACCCCCGGGGCUGCCGGGCAAGGAUGGCAUUCCGGGAAGGGACGGCGAGCCGGGUGACCCCGGUGAGGAUGGGAAGCCGGGCGACACAGGGCCGCAGGGUUUCCCCGGGACCCCAGGAGACGUGGGCCCCAAGGGCGACAAGGGCGACCCCGGGGUUGGAGUGAGAGGGCCCCCAGGACCCCAAGGGCCUCCGGGGCCCCCAGGACCCUCCUUCAGACACGACAAGCUGACGUUCAUUGACAUGGAGGGGUCUGGCUUUGGUGGUGAUCUGGAGGCCCUGCGGGGUCCUCGAGGCUUCCCCGGCCCCCCCGGCCCCCCUGGUGUCCCAGGUCUGCCUGGUGAGCCCGGCCGCUUUGGGAUGAACAGCUCCGACGUCCCAGGACCCGCAGGUCUUCCUGGUGUGCCUGGGCGGGAGGGUCCCCCCGGGAUUCCUGGUCUCCCGGGACCCCCAGGCCCUCCAGGAAGAGAGGGUCCCCCAGGAAGGACUGGGCCGAAAGGCAGUCUCGGUGAAGCAGGCGCCCCAGGACUUAAGGGGAGCAAGGGAGACCCCGGUCCUGCUGGUGCUCGUGGGGAGAGUGGCCUCACAGGAGCCCCUGGACCUGCAGGACCACCAGGCCCCCCCGGACCCCCUGGGCCGCCAGGACCAGGACUCCCCGCUGGAUUUGAUGACAUGGAAGGCUCCGGAGGGCCCUUCUGGUCGACUGCCCGAGGCACUGAUGGGCCGCAGGGAACCCCCGGCCUGCCAGGACUCAAGGGGGAUCCUGGCAUGCCUGGGCCACCAGGGGCCAAGGGAGAAGUUGGAGCAGAUGGAGCCCCUGGGUUCCCCGGCCUCCCCGGCAGAGAGGGCACUGCUGGGCCCCAGGGGCCAAAGGGAGACAGAGGCAGCCGGGGAGAAAAGGGAGAUCCAGGGAAGGAUGGAGUCGGGCAGCCGGGCCUUCCCGGCCCCCCUGGACCCCCGGGGCCUGUGGUCUACGUGUCGGAGCAGGACGGAGCCGUCCGGAGCGUGCCGGGAUCUGAGGGCCGGCCGGGCUUCGCAGGCUUUCCUGGACCUGCGGGGCCCAAGGGUGACCUAGGCUCUAAGGGCGAACGAGGCUCCCCGGGACCCAAGGGUGAGAAGGGUGAGCCUGGCAGCAUCUUCAGCCCCGAUGGCAGUGCCCUGGGCCCUGCCCACAAAGGAGCCAAGGGAGAGCCAGGCUUCCGGGGACCCCCGGGCCCAUACGGACGGCCUGGGCACAAGGGAGAGAUUGGCUUUCCUGGACGGCCGGGUCGCCCCGGGAUGAACGGAUUGAAAGGAGAGAAAGGGGAGCCAGGAGACGCCAGCCUUGGAAUUGGCAUGAGGGGAAUGCCUGGACCCCCGGGGCCUCCAGGACCCCCAGGCCCUCCAGGGACUCCUGUUUAUGACAGCAAUGCGUUUGUUGAGUCCAGCCGCCAUGGGCGUCCAGGAUUGCCAGGAUAUCAGGGCCCUGUAGGACCCAAGGGCGCCAAAGGAGACGUGGGCCCCCCCGGGCCACCAGGGCAGUUUCCGUUUGACUUCCUUCAGUUGGAAGCUGAAAUGAAGGGGGAGAAGGGAGACCGAGGUGACGUAGGACAGAAGGGCGAAAGGGGUGAGCCUGGGGGCAGUGGCCCCCCAGGACCCCCCGGCUACCCUGGGAUUCCAGGUCCCAAGGGAGAGAGCAUCCAGGGCCAGCCUGGCCCACCUGGACCUCAGGGACCCCCUGGCAUCGGCUACGAGGGGCGCCAGGGCCCUCCCGGCCCUCCAGGCCCCCCCGGCCCCCCAGGGGCCCCAUCAUUUCCUGGCCCUCACAGGCAGACCAUCAGCAUUCCCGGCCCUCCGGGACCUCCUGGGCCCCCUGGGCCCCCUGGAACCAUGGGUGCCUCCUCAGGGGUGAGGCUCUGGGCCACGCGCCAGGCCAUGCUGGGCCAGGUGCACGAGGUGCCCGAGGGCUGGCUCAUCUUCGUGGCCGAGGAGGAGGAACUCUAUGUCCGUGUGCGGAACGGCUUCAGGAAGGUCCAGCUGGAAGCCCAGACGCUACUCGCACGAGGAAUGGACAAUGAAGUGGCUGCCUUGCAGCCCCCUGUGGUGCAAUUACAUGAGAGCAACCCCUACCCCUGGAGGGAUCACCCCCGUCCCACUGCGCGGCCCUGGCGGGCAGACGAUAUCCUGGCCAGCCCCCCUCGCCUGCCUGAGCCCCAGCCAUACCCCGGAGCCCCACACCACGGCACCUACAUGCAUCUGCGGCCGGCGCGCCCCACGAGCCUGCCUGCCCACACCCACCUCAACUUCCAGCCUGUGCUCCACCUGGUUGCACUCAACAGCCCGCUGACGGGCAGCAUGCGGGGCAUCCGUGGGGCCGACUUCCAGUGCUUCCAGCAGGCGCGUGCCGUGGGGCUGGCAGGCACGUUCCGUGCCUUCCUGUCCUCGCGGCUGCAGGACAUGUACAGCAUCGUGCGCCGCGCUGACCGUGCAGCCGUGCCCAUCGUCAACCUCAAGGACGAGCUGCUGUUCCCCAGCUGGGAGGCUCUGUUCUCAGGCUCUGAGGGCCUGCUGAAGCCCGGGGCACGCAUCUUCUCCUUUGAUGGCAAGGACGUCCUGAGGCACCCCACCUGGCCCCAGAAGAGCGUGUGGCAUGGCUCGGACCCCAGCGGGCGCAGGCUGACCGAGAGCUACUGUGAGACGUGGCGGACUGAUGCCCGUUCGGUCACAGGCCAGGCCUCCUCGCUGCUGGGCGGCAGGCUCCUGGGGCAGAACGCUGCCAGCUGCCACCACGCCUACAUUGUGCUCUGCAUUGAGAACAGCUUCAUGACUGCCUCCAAGUAGCCGCCACCUGGAUGCGGAGGCUGGAGAGGACCGGCUCCGAGGGAGCCCCCACUGUGGGCAGGGAGCGGCUGGCCAGCCCCCACCCCAGGACCUGGCUGGCAUACUUUCCUGUAUAGUUCACGUGUCAUAUAAUCCUCCAGAAAUAAAAGGAAGCCAAAGAGUGUAUUUUUUAAAAAGUUUAAAACAGAAGCCUGAUGCUAAGAUGCUUGCCUCCCCAGGCCUGCCGUGACCUAUGAGCCCAGCGGGCAUGACCUAAUGGUGCGGCCUGGGUCAGGCAGGGUGUGGCAUCAUGCCCCGUGCCACCUCUUGGCCUGAACCAGACCACAGCUUGAUUUCGACAGGAGGCCAACCCCGACUUCCUGCUCUGAGAAGCUGUGCUCGCCCCGGCGGACACCGACUUCAUCUCCCACCUAGUACCUCCUUCUGUGCACAAAACCCAGACCUGUCAGCAGAUGGGCCCCGUGAGGCAAUGGGGGCUUCACCAUACUCAGCACAGGGCUACCUGCCCCUCCAGGGUCUGCGCUUGCCCCGAGGUGGAUGGGAGGGUGACUCAGGUUCCUGGGGAUGGGGGCAGCCCCUUCUGCUCAGCUCUGGGCUGUUCUCCACAGCAACCCCAGGCUGGAGCAGAUUUUCAAGCUCAGAGGCCCACUGUGACCCCUGGCUCUGGCCUGUCUUCCACCACGCACAGGAGCCUGGAGCUGGCCCUGACAUGGGGGCGUGUCUUCAGCCCUGUCCAUCCUAUGCUGGCCUCCAAAAUGAGCCAUGAGAUACAUCCAGAGCAGGGAGCUCCACCCUGGCGGAGUCCAAGCUGGGAGCUUUGAGGGACCCAUGAGUCGGGGUGUGGCAGCCUCCCACCCAGGGCCCCCAUCCCAUGCCCAGCACCCCUUUUCCAAGGUGUGGGUGCCCAGCGCUGCCUCCGGCCUAAGCUGAGCCCACCCCCAGUUUCCUGCAGCAGAACUGCUGGGGUUCUGAGUCUACCUCAACAGGGCUCAGAAAACCACAGGGAGCCCCCGCCAGGACGUGGCUCAGCCACACUGUCCAGCCGAGAGCCAGGACAGAACAAGGCACGUCGAAGAGGCUGAGGCUGGCACAGGACACAUAGAGGCCAGUGUGCAGGGCCGUUGGGGAGGCCAGUCAUCUGGGCGCCGCCAUGGGCAGGCUGGCCUCAGGUGCAGGGCAGUCAUCACUGUCUGCUGGGAAGCCUGCACCCUUGCCUACCUUGGGACUGAAAGGGGCCCCUGGGGCGCACACAGGCCGUCCUGUGGACGAGCAGAGCAGCCACGAGGUGCGAUGAUGUCCUCUGUCGCUGUCACCCCCGAGAUCCAGCAGCAUGGACCCAAGUCACUUGUUCUGUGGAGGGAUGAGUGGGCUUAGGGCAGCACCAGGCUGACCAGUGCACGGCCAGCACACACCUGCCUCGAGACAGACAAAACCUGCGGAGCGAGUUCUGUAACUGAUGUGAAGCCAGUUCAGACAGGCAAAUAAAAGUGACCUUUUACACUGA